AUGUGGUUAUACAUCUUCAUCGCAAUACUAUUCGGUUAUACAAUUGUUUUGAUCGCGUUCUUCAUGGGAUGGUGUACAUUGAUGCCGACUCGUUGUCACCCGCGGAAGGAGAUACCAUUCAGUUCAGUGAAAUCGCCGCGAAGGAACACAAAAUACAUCGAGAUCGACUCUGUUUCGUCCAGUACAUCUCUGGACAUGUUCAAGCAAGUACAGCGAAAGUUACCGGAAUCACUAUCGCAUGAUAGCAAGAAGAAAACUUCCCUAGAUGUUCCUCAUCGUUAUAACGACUACCUGCAUCCGAAAUACUCAUUACCGCCCGUGAAAAUCGACAUCGAAGAUGUGCAGUGGGAAUACGAGCAGCUCCUCAAGACGCCUGGACGAGCUGUUCGAACGAGCAUCAGCCCGUCAUCACGUCGCAGCAAAGGAUCAUCUUCCUGUCCAGAGCUAUAA